GAAUAUUUAUUACGUUUAAAACGGGGCUAUUCGAAACAAUUUACGUGGAGAAUUUUACGACGAUACAAUGAUUUUGCUGACCUACAGAAGAGUCUCGCUAUAUCGGGAAUUGACCUGCCUUUACCUGGUAAAAAAUUGUUUGGUAAUAUGCGCCCUGAAUUUAUAGCUGAACGUAGACAAGCCCUGCAAAUUUACAUAAAUACUGUGCUAAUGAAUCCAAUAUUGGCAUCAUCGCUGCCCGCGAAGCGUUUCGUUGACCCCGAUAGCUACUCCCAAUCUUUUCAUGACCAAGCUGUCCAAAACGCACUACUCUGCCUUAGAAGUGAGGGAUUGUGGUCAUUGGGUGCUACGCUCGGGACUAUUGGUUGGCGCUUAAGAAAACAUUACUUUAAAGUAACACCGAAACAACCAGAUUCAAAGUCCUGUAAUAAAACCUUAGUGAAAAGUGGGUCACAAACCCAUGCAAAUUUAAAACAACACAGUGUGGCUGGCAAUGGCAACAAAUCUGAUCAUUCCAGUGAUACUUCUCAAUCGGGAGCUAACGAAUUGGUUUUGGAGUGGCUUGAGUACGGACCCGAUAAAUAUAUUGACGACAAGGAACUAGGUGGCAUAUUGAAAAGUUUAGUCAGUAUGCAACAUCCAAACAUUGAGUCAAUGCAGUAUGCAGCACAUAAUGAGAAUGGAUGCCUCGUGAUUAGGAAGUUUCAUAAACAUGGAACUCUUAAAGACAUUCUAUGCAUGGCAACGCCAAAAAAUCCUUUCUUAAGUAAAUAUGGCAAUCCCAAAGGACGUACUGCACUAUCUAUGAAGCAGGUCGCGAUAUAUGGGAGACAAAUUUUAGACGUCCUUAUUUUUUUACAUUCUAAGGGUUACCCCUACGGUCAUUUGCAUUCAGGAAACAUUGUAAUUGUAGACGAUUGUGUAAAGCUCUUAGAUGUUGAAAAUUAUAUUCUCGGAGUACCAUCAUUUUACCGGCCAUUCUUCGUACAACAUGGCAAGAUUUAUAAAUCGGAGGCUAUAGAUGUUUAUUGUUUUGGCCAUAUAUUGUUUGAAAUGGCAAUGGGCUAUCCCAUGCAGGAAUCUGUUGCGAGACAAAUAACCGAUUGUCCGGAAGUCUUGAAAAAUCUAUUGGAAAGCAUUUUGUCUAAAGAGGCUUGUAAAUCUGGCCUACCGUCUCUGGACCAACUGAGCAAUCACAACUUUUUUAAAGAAUAUUCUGCAUGUGAAACAAGUAAAGGACUCGCCAACGACGAAGCUACCAGAUAUCAUUUAAAAUUGUCACUUAACGCAAAAGAAGCUAUAAAACUAGCUAUUCAAAAGACGGAAAACCGAUUGCGCGAUGAACAGAAAUCAGUAAAAAAUCAAAAGCGUAUUGUGCGUGUCCAGGAACUAAUGAGCUCCGAGGAAGAAAAACGUAAAAUCAAACAUAAAGCGAAGCAAGAACACAAACAGUCGAAACUUAAACAACAGGGAUCUUUGCAAAAUAGUAAUGGAAAGGUAGCCCUGACCACCGUCAGUCAUUGUGGAGGUUCAAUUACUGAAUCUUCUGAAGCCAGCUCGCGUUCUUUAAACCGCAUGAAUAGUGUCAUAACCAACAAUGCUUCUCAGGAUAUUAAAUGUACGUAUAAUACUGAUUUAUGUUUUCAAAUAUCCAGCUAUUAUAGUAUUCUAGCUCCACCGCUGACGCCUUCUGCACAUCAAAGGGGGAACGAAUUCGAAUCGCACCAACAACAUAAAACUUCUUUGAAACAGACUUCAUCCGUUGCCAGUGUAGACAGACAAUCAUCGUCGCCCAAUAUUGCAUCCGAGGCCGAUAGUGGAGAGCCCGUACGAUCGGCGUUGCUUGAAUCUAUAUGCAAAUUUAACCGAGGUUCUCUGCGGAAAAUUCGGUCAAAUGAUUGA